CUGCCUAAACGGAAUCCCAUGUCCCACUCGAUCCCGCUCCACUUGGUGAACCAGAAGCGAGAAGACAUCCCCAUUUGGUCAUGGGGGACCGCUUCCGACCCUCCUCUUUCCAAUCUCCCCUCCUCCUUAUCCUUCUCCUUCUCGCCGGAGGCGGAGGUGGCGCCGCCUCCGGGCCAAUAAAGACGAUAGUAGUCCUGGUAAUGGAGAACCGCUCCUUCGACCACAUGCUAGGGUGGAUGAAGCGUCUCAAUCCGGAGAUCAAUGGCGUGACGGGGCAGGAAUGGAACCCGAUCUCGGCGUCGGACCCUGCUUCGGGGCGAGUCUACUUCCGCGACGGCGCACACUACGUGGAUCCUGACCCGGGGCACUCGUUCCAGGCCAUACGCGAGCAGAUCUUCGGGUCGAACGAUUCGUCGGCGGAUCCGGCGCCCAUGAACGGAUUCGUGCAGCAGGCGCGAUCCAUGUCGGAUAAUAUGACGGAGAGCGUCAUGAAUGGGUUCCGUCCGGAGAUGGUGGUGGUAUACCAAACGCUGGUCCAGGAGUUCGCUGUGUGCGAUCGAUGGUUCGCGUCGAUGCCGGCCUCGACGCAGCCCAAUCGGCUUUACGUCCACUCCGGCACUUCGCACGGCCUCAUCGGCAACGACCAGAGAUCUCUGGCACUGGGGAUGCCACAGAGAACAAUAUUCGAGAACAUUGAAGAUGCAGGACUUUCUUUUGGAAUAUACUACCAGAAUGUACCAGCCGUUCUGUUCUAUCGCAACCUUAGGAAGCUCAAAUACAUUUCCAAGUUUCAUUCAUACGAGAAGUCGUUCAAGGAUCGUGCUAGAAAAGGCAACCUCGAGAACUAUGUUGUCAUCGAGCAGCGUUAUAUGGACUCCAAAGACAACCCGGCCACUGAUGAUCAUCCUUCCCAUGAUGUCUACCAGGGCCAAAUGUUUAUCAAGGAGGUCUAUGAAACCCUUCGCGCCAGUCCCCAGUGGAAUGAGACCCUCUUAAUUAUCACUUAUGAUGAGCAUGGUGGCUUCUUCGAUCAUGUUCCAACACCUGUGAGGGGUGUCCCCAGUCCUGAUGACAUCGUUGGGCCUGACCCUUUCUUCUUUAAGUUUGAUCGGUUGGGAGUUAGGGUGCCUGCCAUCAUGGUCUCUCCGUGGAUCAAGAAGGGCACCGUUGUUCACGGUCCCAGUGGACCCACUUCAACUUCAGAAUAUGAACACUCAUCCAUACCAGCCACUGUGAAGAAAAUUUUUGAUCUCCCUUCACCUUUCCUGACAAAAAGAGAUGCGUGGGCUGGAACUUUCGAAGGCAUUGUGCAAACUAGGACAAAACCCCGAACUGAUUGCCCAGCUCAGCUACCGACUCCUGUGAGGAUUAGGAGGACUGAAGCUAAUGAGGAUGCCAAGCUGAGUGAGUUCCAGCAAGAGCUUAUGCAACUCGCAUCAGUUCUAAAUGGCGAUCAUCUCCUAAUCAACUUCCGAGAUAAACUGAAGAAUAUGAAUGUCAGGGAAGGGAUAGCCUACAUGGACACUGCCGUGAAUCGCUUCUUUGAAGCCGGAAUGUCCGCAAAGAAGAUGGGAGUUGAUGAUGAGCAAAUAGUGCAAAUGAGACCAUCACUGACGUCGAGGAAUGUGAUUCCUUGAAGACUGUUGGAUUUAUAAAUAAGGCCCUUCUUACUGCAUGCUGAUUUAAAUAAGAUGCCUGGGAAGGAUAAAGAGGUCCUUCCUGCCGCUGCUAGAUGUUUACGUAUCUGAUAAAAAAGAAAAAAAUUAUAGUCCGGUCAUAUGGGUUUCAGAA